ACAGGAGCAGCACAUGCUGCUCGUUCUUUCCAUGACGCAACCUCAAGCCCCUACACUCGAAGUGAAGCGUUUACGGACCCGAGACGGAAGCAGACAAUCAUUAGUCUUUUGGAUGUCCUGAGCGAGCUUAGCAACGAGGCGUCUUCAGACCAUGAUGCCAACCUUCCUUCUAAUUUCGAAGAUGACCGAGACGUCCCUACUGUGGAUGAAAAACUGCAAGUUGCAGGGUCAGAAUUGUUUAAUAAAUUCGAGAGGCGAAUGGAUAAUCUUGACAAAGAGCUCCGGAACUUCGCUAACGCUGCCCGCCAACUUGGCAGUUCCGUUGGAAUAUUGUCCUCUGCUUUUCGACUACGGGAACGCCUCACAAAAUUAUUGUUUCUAUUUCGCGAAAACGCAGCUACACUAUUCCCUCGGAAAAUUUCGCGUCAACCUCGGGAAACAUUAGUUAACCCUAACUUGAUGGACCGACGACGUACAUGGAGAGGUCAACAACCCCCGCUCAGGCCCAUACAUGAUGACGGUCUUGAUCCCGAAAGUUUUCCUGGUCAAUUCGCUAGUUUCGCAGAAGAUGUCGUAACGUUCCUGAACUGCUUGAACGAGUUUCCGGAGUUUACAGAUGAGGCAGUCAAUACGUCAAUGCGUGCUUUCGAAGUCGAUCUCAAGUAUUGGGCCUCGUGUCUUCAGGAGUACAAAGGUCAAUUUCGGUAUCCAGCAGUGCAGCGCUAUAUCCACGAUUUGACAUCGGAGAUUGGGGAGCACAUCGACAACAUCACGGUCAAUCUGUCGAUGUUUAUUGAAAUCGGCGUACCGACGAUUAGGUUCGCCCAGCAGCAUGCAGCAGCAAACCUGCUAAACCUGUCGACAGUCGCGACGUUCUUCUCAGCUGUGACAGCAACGACCUUACAAUUCUCAUACCAGUUGACGGAUGGAGUGCUGGAGAAGUCUGUUAAUGCGUUCUGGUUCUCCUCGUUGGUUUUCAGUAUAGCAGCCGCAGUGAACAGUCUUCUCGGUCUCACCUGGAAGCAAGCCAUGUAUCGUUCUCCGGGACAUAGGGUACCUUGGUGGGUAUUGAUAUGGAUUAAGCGAUCGCCUUUAGUCUUUCUCGUCAUGUCUGUGGCAUGCUUUUCCGCGGGCUUGAUGCUUUUCACAUACGCUACAGAUCAGGGUUUUGUUACGUCCACAAUCACCACUGUUUUUACAGCUGUCACUUCCUUCGGCCUGGCUGCCGUCUCCGCUUGGUUCGCCUCAGAACGCUGGAUAUUCGUUCAGCACCGCGGUCAUGUGUGGCUGGAGGAUGUGAUAAACGAAACAACCCACCGCAUGCUCCUCCUUUCUGCUGUUGUGGAAGUGCGAAAGAUCAUCCAUUACUGCAAUCAACGCAUCUUGGCGAUCCGCGGCUUGAUAAGACGAGUGUCUUUCAAGAAGGUAACCAAUGCGAUUGCGCGGUUCAGACAUAAGCACCAUACUCUUCCCACCACACAGGAGGGCCCGCAGAUGCUUGAAAUUUCUCGCCACCACGAACCAGCUUUAUCUGUGUGCUCGGAAUACACCGAACGUCCCAAUUCUUUGGAUGCACCUGCGAGUGAGGAGAGCGAGUCUUCCCGUCGAUCCAUUGCCCGUCAGCGCUUUAAGGGAGCUGUUCGUUCUGUCAUCAUGAUGCAGCAACAGCAAGCGGGGCAGGUCCCGCUGUAUCUACGGCCAUUCAUGCCGCCACGGACACCUUCCUUUGACCGGAACUCCACUGCGGGAAUGUCUCCCACCCGAUUCUCGUCCAUCGGUUUGAAUACCAUUCGAGGACAGAGAGUUUCCACGUUGAUACCAAAGCUGAGAACUUUGGAACCCUUACAGGACCUUUCCAUACAUACUGCCCUUGUUCGACAUCUACAGUUCUCCCCAAACGGAAAAUAUCUCGCUACGUCAAGUUGGGAUAGGUCUUCUAUCAUUUUUCGUGUCGGGGAAUCUUUUUCCACUCAAGCUGUUCUGGUACAUGUGCGAGGUUUUAUCGGCCAAGUUGCAUGGUCUGCGACCGGUACCAUUCUGUUGACAAGAUUAACUCGUGGAAUCAAGGUCUGGACGGAGGAUGGACUCAGUAAGAGAACAAUCGACAGGCCGCACUCUGUGUCAUCUAUUGCAUGGUUGCCUAACAGCGACACGCAACUGUCAUUAUUUGUGUAUGCACUGAUAAAUCGUGAACUCUUUCUUCAGGACAUCCAAGGAAAGGUUCUUGAUUCGUAUCACUUUGGUCGCAUCCAGUUGCACAAUGUGGCUGUGACUCCAGAUGGUCAACGGCUACUGGGUGUGGGUCCACUCCUUGCCGCACCUAAUGGAUUGCAUCCGAGCCGCACCACUAGGGUUGAAAAACGCAUAAUAGUUUUCAAUAUUGAGACUAAACAAUUCGAAAGUCAGACACCCGUCGUGAACGACGUGCGUGACAUCACGAUAUCCAAAAGGGGUGGAAACGUGCUGAUUUCUUUUGAGCGCAAGACACCGCCACAGUUGUGGAAGAUGGAGCUGGUACGGGAUGCCAGAGGUCGUGAACAACACUCGUUUGCACAAGUCGCUAGGCUACUUCUCCGUCAUACGUAUCUGCCCAAAGCUCAGGUGGAUAUCGCGGGCUCUAGCUACUUUGGCGGCAAGGAGGAUCAGCUAGUGUUAUGCGCAGGAAAAGCGGGCGAUAUCCACAUCUGGGAUCGCGAUAGUGCGGCUUUACUCCAUUACAUUAGACCCCAAACAUUCGGCGGGGACUUGACAUGUGUUGCGUGGAAUCAUUCCACGGACGACCCAUUCAUGUUCGCCACGGGCAGCCACGACGGUACUGUGCGCAUAUGGACAACACCAGCGGGGGACCGCUCUUCCGAU